AACUCUGUUUUUGUUUUGGUAGUGUUCUCUGGUCGUGUGGUUUUACAUUUGUUUACAAUUUUAUUAUUUUAUAGGGUAAAAAAUACAUUUUUAAUUAAAAUGUUAACAACGCGUUUGUUAACAAAUCUGCCUAAAUGCAGGAAUGCUUUUUUGCCGGUGGUCCAUAUUUCAUCGGUUACCAAUGCACAAGUGCCGAAAUAUGUCCAGCAAAUAAAUAUUUGCAAAUUUAAAGUUAACCAAAUUGAAAGCUGCCAGUACUGCUCCGCCAGCACCACAACCACGACUACCCAAGAGCAGGGCAAUGGCAUUUUGAAAAGGGUUCUGAAGAAAGUUGGAUUCACGCCAAAUUCGAAAGCCAGAAUAAGAGUGGCAAGUCACAUGCUUUAUGAGAGUGUGGCUGAUAAAAUCAACUAUUUGGCCUUCUUUAAUGAUUUCAACAUGCCCAAUACAUUUAAUUCUUGGUUCUUGGUUACUGAAUUGCACGUUUGGAUGUUAUUAUUAAGAUCAAUGGCAGAAGGGGCCGAAUCCGGAGAAGAUGGAAGAUUUUUAAGAAACUGUAUCGUUGAAGCAUUGUGGGGUGAUGUUAAUACCCGAGCCAAGAAAUUGGGAGCUAACAACCCAUCUCGAACUCGCCAACAAAUCGAAGAACUUUCGGAACAAUUUCAGGCUGCCCUUAUAGCAUAUGAUGAAGGCAUAAUGUCAGAAGAUAGAGUUUUGGCUGCAGCUCUUUGGCGAAGAUUUUUUGAAUUAAAUUGCGACAAUUACGAGAAUAUUGAGCGUUUGGUUAAAUAUGUUAGACGUCAAGUUUUGAUGCUGGAUAAUCUCUCUCGACAGGACUUUUUAAUUAAACCAAAAAUUCCUUGGCAAGAUUUAAAUAAAAUUCAUAUUUAGAAUAUGUAAAUAAAGCAUGAGGUUACAAAUGAAAUGAACGAUAUCCAAAA